AAUGGAUUCAUGCCUUAAUACUGAUGAAAAAUUGUGUCUUAAUUACAAUAAAACAGAAAUUGAAAAAUUACUUAAUACUAAAUCAGUCUUUGAUAGAGUAUGUAUAAAAUUAACAACUCUACAAUUGUUAUAUCCUGAUGACAAAGAUAUACUACAAAAGCAAUAUGAUGGUGAGCAAAAAAGUUUGGCUGUUCAGUAUAUUUUAAACAAAUUGUGGCAGCUAAAUUUUGUAGAUAUUUGGGAAAUUUUCUUUGAUAUCGAGGAUUUGAACUGUCAAAGAUUAGCUGAGUGUUUAUCUGAAAAAAAGAAAAUAUGGGAAAAAUUGAUUUGUGAUACUAAAAUAGAACGAAAAAAAGAAUUUACAACAAUUCCAUUACUUCCUUUCACAAAAACUGAAGUCAAAAUAUCUGAUAUUAUAACAUCUAUUAAAAUAUCUGAGGUACAGAAAAUUGAUAUAAUUGAUUGGGAAUUACAGAAAACAGAAUAUGAAUAUGAACAUUUCUAUAGAAUAUUUUGUUCAGAAUUCAAAAAAAUUUUAAUUCAAGGCAAGCCAGGAAUAGGCAAAAGUGUACAUGUCAAAUAUCUACUCCACAAAUGGGCAAAUGACCAAUGGAAAAUUGAUUCUCAAAAACUAUUGUUAUUUAUCAUUUUAAGAGAGGUUAAAAAAGAUUCAAAUAUCUAUCAGGAAAUAAUUGAACAAAAUUUCAAAAAUAUUCCAUAUAUCACUGAAAAUAUAGUGGAAUCUAUUUUUGUUGAAAAGAGAAAUGAUGUUGUUCUUUUGAUUGAUGGGGCUGAUGAGUUAUAUCAAACAAAUCAUCCUCUAUAUGAUCUAUUAGAAAGUCCAAUAUGUGAUAUUCCAACUGCAAUAUGGUCUCGUGAAUGGAGAGCAAAAGAAUUACUUUCAAAAUGUGAUAUAAUAUUUGAUUUAACAGGUUGGAAUACAACUCAAAUGAGAUCAUUUUUUCAAAAGUGCUUUAAGGAUGGAGAUAUUCAAAAGAGUUUAGAAUUUGUAGAAAGUCUAGUUCACAAAAAUAAAAAAAUUGAGAGUCUCUGCAAGGUCCCAUUGUUGGCAAUGAUAUUAUUUCAUGUUUGGAAGAAAAGAGGGGAAUCUAUCUUUGAUAGAACUCUUUAUCAAAAUUAUGAAGAUAUAAUAAGUUUUCCACAAGAAAAUCAUAGUUGCAUCACAAAAGAAAAUGAUAAAAACUUUCAAACAUUUUAUGAACUCUGCCUUGAAAAUCUUUCACAAAGUAAGAUUAUUUUAGAUGAUAAAAAUCUAUCUAAUUUUAUUGAGAUACAUUAUAAAAAUAUAAUUGAAAUUAUUCAUUUGCCAACAAACCAAGUUGAAUUACAAUUCUAUCAUUUAUCUUUUCAAGAGUUUUUUGCUGCAAAAUGUCUAAUUGGAAAAGCUAAAGACAUUUUAAUCGGAAGGAUAAAUGAUAUAUUUAAUUGCUUUUUACCAAGAAGAAAUAACAUAAAUAGUCUAUUUGAAGAAUUAACCCAUAUAAAUCUUUUUAAUGUCAUGGAAUUUGUACAACAUCAUUCCACAGAUAUCUUUAAGAAAAUUCUUCUACAUUCUGAAAUUGUUAGAGAUAUGUUUAACUUUAGCAAUAACCUCAAAAAACUUUUAGAAAAUGGUUUUGAAAAUGACAAAAUGAUGAAAUUAGAGAAUGAAACUUUGAAUGAUGCUAUCAUUAACAUUAUCUUUAUUAAAUAUGGCAAAAAUUUAGAGAAUAUCAUUUUGAUUAACACAUCAGUAAAUUUGAAAUUAUUGAUUGAUUGCUGUUUUGAACACUGUACAAGAUUAAAGUUUUUGGAAGUGAAAGGUCAAAAAUUAUAUAAUAAUAAUGAAGCAUUUAAAGAAGAUCUUUUUUUGGAGAAUCUAUUAAAUCUGAAAUUUUUUAAAGAAUUAGAGAAAAUACAGAUUGGAGAGAAUUUUUUGGAUGUUAAAGGAAAUACUAUUUCUGGCCAAUUUUUUGAUAAUUUUUGUAAAUUUAUCAUCAUUUAUUCUUCUAAUUAUAUUAUAGAAUUUACUGAUGAAGCAUUCAAUUCAAAAAACUACUUUACUGAUGCAAAGAUUAAACUUUUUGAAGGCUUAUUUCAACUAAAAAAAUUGGUUAUUGCAAAUAAAAACUUUGGAGAAACUGGUAGAAAAAGGUUUUUUUCAAUGAUAGAGAAAAAGCUACAGAACACACAAUUUAAAGAGUUUGAAACAUAUAACUGUGAAAUAAGCAAUCUGGACUGGGUCGGGUGUGAACGUACCUGGGUGCGAACGUACCCGGGUGCGAACGUACCCUGGGCGGGUGCGAACGUACCCUGGGCGGGUGCGAACGUACCCAGGAAAUGCACAGAAACACAUAACAUACCAAUUUGCAAACCUUGUAACAAAAGAAAAUGUACUGUCAUGCUCAAGAAGUUAACUAAUCUGGAAAUUCAUCAAUUCAAAGUAAAUUCUGAAGAAAGCUUUAUUGAUGAAAGAAAUAAGAUUGCUGCAGUUGAGGAAUCAAUAUUGGAGGAUGAAAAUCAUGUUCUUUCAGAAUGCCAAUCAAUGGACCUAGACUCUUUGGAGGAAGUUGAAGAGAAUGCUGAAGAAUAUUGUGAAUCAUCCACAAAAAGUGAUUUUGAGAUUGUAAAAGGAGGAAGUAGAAAGGGACAUGACAUUUUACUGAAUGAUGGAUAUUCUUUUGUUGUUAAACAUAAAACACCAUCAAGUACUAUUUGGGUGUGCAGUGUGAGAAGUAAGAAGAAAAGAUGUGUGGCCAGAAUAAGACAAAAUGGAAAUUUAUUUCUCAAAGGCAAUUUGGAACAUAAUCACAACAGAAAAAAGAAUUUAGAAGUGGAUAUUAAAGUGAAAACAGAUUUGAAAAUUGUUUGCAGAAGUGAUAAUCAAACAUCUGGAAGAAGCAUUGCUGAAAAAGUUCUUCUAUCCUAUGAACCCAAUGCAACUUGUCUUCCUGAUAUCAACUAUUUGAAGAGAAUGGCAAACUCAAAUAGACAAAAGUUUAGGCCAGUGGAACCUAAAGUGUACAACUUUAAUUUAGAUGAAACAUUUUUGCCUGAUGAAUUUUUGCAGAAAGAUAUUUGUGAAAAUGGAGAAAGAAUUUUAAUCUUUGCAACAAACCAUCAGCUGAAUUUAUUAUCAAAAUCCAACUGUUGGUACAUUGAUGGUACUUUCAAGAUUGUAAAAGAACCAUUUUAUCAACUUGUCACUAUUCACUCAUUUGUUAAGAAGAGUGGUGAUAUGAAGCAAGUUCCUCUUGUUUUUAUUUUUCUGACUUCAAAGCAUACCAAAGCAUACUUACAAGCAUUUCAACAUAUCAACAAUCUUAUCAAUGAUUUUCAUCCAAAAAGAAUUACAAUGGAUUUUGAAAAAGGACUAUGGAAAGCAUUAUCAAAAGUAUAUCCCCUCACUGAAUUUCAAGGUUGUGUAUUUCAUUUCACACAAGCAGUAUACAGGAAAAUACAAGCUCUUGGCUAUGUAAAGAAAUACAAAGAAAAAGGAAAUGAUUGGAAAGAUUUCAGAAAAUUGAUGGCUCUGCCAUUCUUGCCAGCACAUAUUAUUCAACCAACAUUUGACAGAAUAAAUGCAGAACUUUGUGAAAAAAAUAGAUUUUUGGACCUGCUGCAAUACUUCCAAACAAACUGGAUCAAAAAUAAAUUAUGGAAACCAAAUAACUGGUCAGUUUUUGGUUUGUCUAUUAGGACCAAUAAUGAUUGUGAAGGAUGGCAUCAAAGAAUGAAUAGUAAGCUGCCUGCUAAAGGGCGCGAACGUACCUGGGUACGUUCGCACCCGCCCAGGGUACGUUCGCACCCGGGUACGUUCACACCCAGCCAGAUGUUUAGUACUCUACAAUUAUUAAAUCUUACUCAUAUUAAAAUAUCCAAUGAAAUAGAUUUCAGUCAAUUCAUCAACUCAAUUAAGCUUCUACCUUGCUUAACUGACAUAAAUUUUGAAAAACUUCAGAAUACUAAAGAAUAUUUACAAACAACUCUCAAUCAUUUGAACUGCAAAUCUAUUACUUUAAGUCACCUAAAUUUUGAUUCAUGUAAUUUAACACCCAUUGAAGCAAAAAUAUUGAGUCAAUUCUUAAAACCAAUUAAACAUUUGAAAACACUGAAUUUAUCAAACAACAAGUUGAUGAAAGACAAGUUUCAAACAAUUUGCCUUGGACUAAAAUCUUCUUUUAAAUCAUUUGAGGGAAUCAAUAUCCAAAACUGUAAUCUCAAUCACACACAUAUGGAUUCUUUUGAAAAAUUAGUGUUACCCUCUUCUAAUUUAGUGUACAUCAAUUUAUCAGGAAAUCCAAACAUACAGAAGUCAGUAUCAACAAUCUUUGAAGAAUUACACCAUUCUUCUAAAACAUUAAAAAAGAUUGAAGUCAAUAACUGUAGCUUAACUAUUGAAGAAGGGCAUUCACUGGGGAAAUUACUUAAAAAGUGCCUGUAUAUAACACAUAUUGGAUUGGCAUGGAAUAAAAAUUUGGGUGAAUCAUUUGGUAAAAUACUUGAAGGAUUAGAAUCAUCUUCAGAUGUUUUGAAAAAUAUUAAUUUAGGCAGCUGCAGUUUAAAUGAAAAAAAAGGAAAAUCUUUGGGAAAAAUGUUUAAAAAAUGCUCAUCUUUAACAGAGAUUAAGUUGGGAGCAAAUAAAAAUAUUGAUGAAUCAUUUCAAGAAGUUUUUAAAGGCUUAGACUCAUCUUCAAAGACAUUAGAAAAGAUUGAUUUUAAUUACUGUUCUUUGAAUAAAGAAUAUGGGAAAUCUCUUGCAGAGUUAUUAAAAAACUGUUCACAUAUCAAGUGCAUUGACUUAAAAGGUAAUAAAAACCUGGGAAAAUCAUUCAAUUUUGUGUCUGAAGGAUUAGCUUCAUCAUCAGAAACUUUGCAAAAGAUUCUUCUUGAAAUGUGUAACUUAAAUGUUGAGCAAGGACUAUUUCUAGCAAAGUUAUUUACAAAGUGCUUUCUUAUAAAAGGUGUUAAUAUUGCCAAAAAUAAUAAUAUACGUAAAUCAUUUACAGAAAUAUUUGAAGGAUUGGAAUCAUCUUCAAAAACAUUGGAAUAUGUUAAUGUUGGGUGGUGUAAAUUAAAUGAAGAACAAGGGAAAUCUUUGGGAAAACUACUUAAAAAGUGUUCUAAUUUGAAAAACAUAGAUUUGUCUGGUAAUAAAAUUAUGGGUAAAUCAAUGAAUGAAAUAUUUCAAGGAUUGGAAUCAUCUUCAAAAACAUUGGAAUAUGUUAAUGUUGGGUGGUGUAAAUUAAAUGAAGAACAAGGGAAAUCUUUGGGAAAACUACUUAAAGUAUGUUCUAAUUUGAAAAACAUAGAUUUGUCAUAUAUUACUGUUUUGGGUAAAUCAAUGAAUGAAAUAUUUCAAGGAUUGGAAUCAUCUUCAAAAACAUUGGAAUAUGUUAAUGUUGAGUGCUGUAAAUUAAAUGAAGAACAAGGGAAAUCUUUGGAAAAACUACUUAAAACAUGUUCUAAUUUGAAAAAGAUAGAUUUGUCUGGUAAUAAAGUUAUGGGUAAAUCAGUGAAUGAAAUAUUUGAAGGAUUGGAAUCAUCUUCAAAUACUUUGGAAAAUAUUAAUGUUGGGUGGUGUGAACUAAAUGAAGAACAAGGGAAAUCUUUGGGGAAACUACUUAAAAAGUGUUCUAAUUUGAAAAACAUAGAUUUGUCAUAUAAUAAUGCUAUGAGUAAAUCAAUGAAUGAAAUAUUUGAAGGAUUGGAAUCAUCUUCAAAUACAUUGGAAUAUGUUAAUGUUCAGUUUUGUGAAUUAAAUGAAGAACAAGGGAAAUCUUUGGGAAAACUACUUAAAGUAUGUUCUACUUUGAAAAACAUAGAUUUGUCUGGUAAUAAAGUUAUGGGUAAAUCAAUGAAUGAAAUAUUUGAAGGAUUGGAAUCAUCUUCAAAUACUUUGGAAAAUGUUAAUGUUGGGUGGUGUGAAUUAAAUGAAGAACAAGGGAAAUCUUUGGGAAAACUACUUAAAAAGUGUUCUAAUUUGAAAAACAUAGAUUUGUCUGGUAAUAAAGUUAUGGGUAAAUCAAUGAAUGAAAUAUUUGAAGGAUUGGAAUCAUCUUCAAAUACUUUGGAAUAUGUUAAUGUUCUGUUUUGUAAAUUAAAUGAAGAACAAGGGAAGUCUUUGGGAAAACUACAUAAAACAUGUUCUAAUUUGAAAAAGAUAGAUUUGUCUGGUAUUAAUGUUAUGGGUAAAUCAAUGAAUGAAAUAUUUGAAGGAUUGGAAUCAUCUUCAAAUACUUUGGAAAAUGUUAAUGUUCGGUUGUGUGAAUUAAAUGAAGGACAAGGGAAAUCUUUGGGGAAACUACUUAAAAAGUGUUCUAAUUUGAAAAAGAUAGAUUUGUCUGGUAUUAAUGUUAUGGGUAAAUCAAUGAAUGAAAUAUUUGAAGGAUUGGAAUCAUCUUCAAAUACAUUGGAACAUGUUAAUGUUCGGUGUUGUGAAUUAAAUGAAGAACAAGGGAAGUCUUUGGGAAAACUACAUAAAACAUGUUCUAAUUUGAAAAACAUAGAUUUGUCUGGUAAUAAAGUUAUGGGUAAAUCAAUGAAUGAAAUAUUUGAAGGAUUGGAAUCAUCUUCAAAUACUUUGGAAAAUGUUAAUGUUGGGUGGUGUGAAUUAAAUGAAGAACAACUGAAAUCUUUGGGAAAACUACUUAAAAAGUGUUCUAAUUUGAAAAAGAUAGAUUUGUCUGGUAUUAAUGUUAUGGGUAAAUCAAUGAAUGAAAUAUUUGAAGGAUUGGAAUCAUCUUCAAAAACAUUGGAAUAUGUUUAUGUUGACUGGCGUAAAUUAAAUGAAGAACAAGGGAAAUCUUUGGGGAAACUACUUAAAGUACAAGCAAGGUAUAUCAAAGAGGCUAAUACAGUAACUCCGUAUGGCUUAAAUGAGGAUCAUGGUUGCUACAGUACAACUAUAGUACCACUAGUGGUCUACCAUCCAAGUCCUUGGUAUAAACUAAAUAGAAUACUUAAGGACCACUGGAGUGCUCUUAAUGAUGACAGUCCACUGAAGGUGAUUAGGCCUAUUAUUGCCUUGAAACCGGGGAGAUCAUUGGGUAGCCUUAUAAUAAAGGGAAGAACUGAAGGUCCACCUCAAGAGGAUAAUACCAACACUCUGAAUCUAGUAGAAUGUUGGCCAUCCCCAUGGUGGCAUAUUAAACAGUCUUCAAUAAACCACAUAACAAAUUCUCUAUUGUGA